UCAAUAACAAAAUGGUCGCAUAUGGAACAGUAGCUCUUUUCUACACCCUGAUCUGCUUUUGCCAGCUCAUUUCAGGUACUGAAUGCUAUGGUAGUGGAGCAGACAAUACACUUUCUGUCCAGCGUGGAGGAUCAGUCACUAUCCCGUGUUAUUAUGACAGUAAAUACACACAGCAGAGAAAGUACUGGUUCUCAGACGCUGAUAAAAUUAAAAUAUUCACAAACUGUACGAAUGAAACUGUGUCAGUAAUUGAUCAUCCUGCUCAGAGUCUUUUUACUGUGACUAUGAGAAACCUGACACGUGGUGGAAGCUAUACUUGUGUUGUGGACAAUGAAUCCUUAUUUGAAACCUACAUCCAUGUUCAACCUGUUCCUGAUGUGUCUGUGGUGUCCAGCAGUGUAUCUGGAGAUGAAGGUGGUAAUAUCAGUGUAAAGUGUCUCUACAGUUCUGCAUAUAAGAACAAACACAAACAGUGGUGCAGAUAUAAAGACAAGAGGUGUUACACAUCCCAGAAUUCAUCAGUUGAGAUCAGUGAUGAUGAGAGAGCAUCCUUCACUGUGCUGAUGUCUGGACUGAUGCUGAAGGAUUCUGGCUGGUACUUCUGCUCUGUCGAUCACCUACAAGCUCCUGUUUAUCUCACAGUCACUGCAGUAGCGUCUGUCACCAUACACAGCAACACUGAGACCACCAAUGAUGAAAAGAUGUCGCUGUGGCUUCCAGUUUCUGCUGGGCUGCUGAUGGUAAUAAUUCUGGUUGGUGUUUGCACCUGGAAAUGGAGAAAGAGAUCCGCGGAAGAUAAGAAACAGAUCAAGUAUAAUGCGCCGGACACUGCCACAGUUCCCCCUGAAGAGCCAGUGAUAUACAGCGCUAUAAACGAUGAAAAUCCAAAUGACAUUUCUCUGCUGGAAUCCAAAGCAAAUACAAUUUACAGUACUAUUGAAGACCUACCUGGGUGUGAAGCAUCUGAAGAGCCUUUUUCCACAAGAACCUUUGGGGAACAGAAAAGUGUGUGAAAGGGUCUUGGAAUCAUAUAGCCUAAUAAUAGAACCUUUAGCAACAUUUAUUUUUAGUGUAAAACCUCAGUCUGUAUAUAUAAUAACAUUAUAUUAUGUUUGUUUAUUAUUAUUGUAUUCUUUUUGUUGUCUUUAUUUACUAGUUGAAUUCUUUUGGAUGUGUUUUUUAAACUGCCAUUUACAUUAUUUAAAUGUUUUAAACUCUAUUUCUCUCACUUCACACAUAUACUUAUAUGUAUACAAUAAAUAACGAUGAUUGUCAUUUUAAAACCGUUGAAAGACAGCCGUUUGCUUUAUAAUAAAUCCUUUUUGUGCUUUUAUCGCCCUCUAGUGAAGAAGUUAGGCUUUGCAAAGUUCUUUUACAGAAGGUCAAAAAUUGACAGAUGCUUUUAAUUUUAGCUGGAAAAUGACCUCACCACACUGUAAAAUAGCGGUACCUGCAAGUAUUACCUUUACCUGACCUACUCAUUUAGCUAUUGGUUGUAUUUAAUUGUUGCAUUUAGAUGAUAUUAUGG